AGAAGAUUUCGGGGAUAGUACCGAAUCAGACAUCGGUGAGUAGGUAUGCAUGCAGACUAGGAUUUGAUUAUAGGCGGUAUACGCAAAGAAAUUCAAUAAACAUCACUACAGGUACGUAAAUGGACCUACAUGAAUAAAGGGGUAUCCAAACCGAAAAAACACAGCCACCGACUAACAGCAUGGCAGCCACGUCAUUCCGUCCUACCUUUGCACAAUCCGUCAACACGUUUUCAAGGGAGGGACCCUUUUCCGAGCCAAUAGAGCUCAUCAAAAGGUACGAGUCAACAAUCCUCAGCCGGCAAAAUGGGAAUAAUUGUAAUUACGAGACUUUGGAACAAAAGGGGAAAUGUUCCUUAGAAUUUCACAAGGGGCACGCCGUCAAUAAAGGGGUAAUUGUUUUUUUUUUCCAUUUACGGAGGCAAAUGAUUGUAGGAAGUCAAUUUGUUUAUUUAUCGUUGAAUGCUUAUUUUGAGUAUUGUUAAGUCUACAUCUGUAUAGAAAUGAGCUUGAUUCUGAAGAUAGAUGAAUACUACUUUGCAGCAUUUGAAGUUUGAAUGUGGCUUGCAUUCAAUGUUUGUACAUUUUAGUCAUAUUCUCAUUCAUUGUAUUUAGAGCCGUUGAGGCAACCCCAUGCAGAACCUGUUUCCUAACGCAGGAGUUGCAGUGGCGCGCCUGUGCAGGAGUAAAGCUUAUGUCUAGGUUAGAAGUCCUUUGUAUGAGAAACU